AUGUUUGCUCCAACAAGACGACUCCUUCAACAGGCCCAGACAUGCCGGAUAACGUUGUUUACUCGCGAUAAUUGCGGAUUGUGUUUGCGAGCAAAAUCGGCCCUCUCCAACGUGUGGGACAGGAGACCAUUUAACUUCAAAGAGAUCGACAUCACGGCGCCAGAAGCCAAGCGCUGGAAAGAUUUGUACGAUUUUGAUGUGCCGGUAAUCCAUAUCAGCAAAGUCGAGGCCCCUGAGGAAAGUCCAGACCCCAAGGUUGUUGGUAAGGCCGUCAAGCUCAUGCAUCGGUUCGAUCCUGACCAGAUUGAAGCCAAGAUGGAUCAGGUUGAGGCCAAAUAG